UGAAGAAACACUCCCGGGCCCCCAGCACCCAGCGGGAAGUCGAUGACCUUGGAACCGGUGGAAACGACGAAACGAAGUAGAACAUCGCCGUUCGCCUUUCGAGAAGAACAAUCUCAAGAAUCUGUUCUACGCAACCAAAACCGGAUCCCUUCGCGCAGUCGCAUCCGGAGAAGUGAGAACUCCGGCGUCGGCAACUGAGAAAGCGCGAUCGGAGCGAUGUCUCGCUUCGAUCGUCAGCCAGACUACUUUAUCGGUCCCAACGGUCGGCCAGUGUUGGUAUCACGUAUCGCUUCCCCGAUGCCUCGCAACGCGGGAAAGACAGUGGACGGUGAUAGAAACAGCAAGCUGAUCAAAUGUCGGGACAAUCUAGCGAUCCAACGCCGUGAAGCAGGUGACGCCAGCCGUGGCUCGCCCGCGGACAGUGGUCGGGGUAGUAUCGAUACCAGUCGACGUCGAUGUACUACUAACGAAAAUGAUAUAACGGCGAUAAAGUGGCCCACUGGUCGCGGUGGCGCACCGAAGACAACACCGUCGCCAUCGGGCUCGGUGCCAUCGUCAUCACCGCUCCUUCGUAAUCGCAGCAACACUCACCAGCACCACACACCAGCGGCAAUACCUUCCAGCGCGACACGGCACCACCGGGUCGAGCAACUUCUGGUACAUCCAUCCAGGUAUUUAAAUAUUCACAAACAGCUCGACAAUCGGUUGGCGUACCAACGGGGUUACGAUCGGAACAUAUUUGGCUGCAACCAACGGAUGGACCAGUUCGUGUUGCCUCCUCUGCCGAUCUGAGACAAUCCAAGGAGCCUUCGCCAUCUAAAAUCGUCAUCUUUCCUACGCCUACUUUUAAGCUCAUUAGAUUAAUGGUCGCUGACUGCAAGUGUACCACUUGUCAGUUGUAAUGUGAUAAUGAUAAAGAAUA